AUGGUUAUGAAAAAUAGCAAGCUUGAGCGUUACGAAAAGCUCAAUAAGCUCGGUGAAGGUACAUAUGGUGUUGUAUAUAAAGCAAGAGAAAAAACUACCAAAGAAUUGUAUGCCUUGAAAAAAAUCCGUUUAGAAAGUGAAGAUGAAGGUAUUCCCUCUACCGCAAUCAGAGAAAUCUCUCUCUUAAAGGAGUUAUAACAUCCUAAUGUUGUUAGAUUGCACGAUGUCAUCCAUUCAAAUAAGAAACUCGUUUUAGUUUUUGAAUUCGUUGAUUAAGAUUUAAAAAAAUUCAUGAAUAACUUCAAGGAUAAAGGACUCGAUCCUCAUAUUAUUAAGAGCUUACUUUAUCAAUUAUUGAAGGGUAUUGAAGUUUGUCAUAAAAAUAAAAUUCUUCAUAGAGAUUUGAAGCCUCAAAAUUUGCUAAUUUCAAAGGAAUGUAUCCUUAAGUUAGCAGAUUUCGGUUUGGCUAGAGCUUCUGGUAUUCCUGUAAAGAAUUAUACACAUGAAGUCGUUACUUUAUGGUACAGACCUCCUGAUGUCCUUUUGGGAUCUAAGCACUAUUCCACUUCAAUUGAUAUCUGGAGUAUUGGUUGUAUAUUUGCUGAAAUGGUUAACUUAAAACCCUUGUUCCCUGGUAAUUCAGAAACAGACGAAUUAAAGCGUAUCUUUAAGUUGACAGGUACUCCAUGUGUUGAAAAAUGGCCUGGGCUUGCCGAUCUUCCUAAUUGGAAGGCUGAUGCAUUUGAAAAAUAUCCUGGAGAGCCUCUUCAAAAUAUUUGCCCCAAGCUUGAUGAACUCGGUCUCGACUUACUUGGUAAAAUGUUAAGAUGCAACCCAUAAGAAAGAAUUACUGCCAAAGCAGGUUUAGAACAUCCCUAUUUCAACGAUAUUCCUGACACAUUAAAGAAGUUAUAUCAAUCAAACUGA